UGUAUUUGUUUACAGGCACAUCUAUACCUCUCCAAUAUGGCGGUGACUGUGGCGUACGACCUGAAAGCAAAUGCGUUGUCUAUGUGGUCUACGUUAAAAGUUACGUAGGAAAGAAUCGGAGAAUGGAAAACGCGAUGACGCAAUGACGACACCACGUAAGUGAAAGCUGCGCGCUAUAAGCAACAUGCGCACGCGUAUUGUGAGGCAUAAUGGUGGAUAGGUAGGCAACAUAUUUACCUCGCAAGAGUCCAUCAACUUUUCAUUAAUUUCAAACAGAACAAAUUCUCGUAUCGACACUAGUUGUACAGAGCUUUACAGGGCUACUACCACGUUUUAGUCACACCAGGCUUUUUUCAAAAUGCCCAACAUUAAAAUAUUCAGCGGCAGCUCGCAUCCGGACCUAUCUCAAAAGAUAGCUGACCGCCUUGGACUGGAACUUGGAAAGGUUGUGACGAAGAAAUUCAGCAACCAGGAGACAUGCGUGGAGAUAGGGGAGAGUGUGCGUGGAGAGGAUGUCUACAUCGUACAGAGUGGCUGUGGGGAGAUCAACGAUAAUUUAAUGGAGCUCCUCAUAAUGAUUAACGCCUGCAAGAUCGCCUCAGCAUCCAGGGUCACAGCCGUCAUCCCCUGUUUUCCUUACGCCCGACAAGACAAGAAGGACAAGGUGGGGAGCCGUGCUCCCAUCUCUGCGAAGUUGGUGGCCAACAUGUUGUCCGUGUCUGGGGCGGACCACAUCAUCACAAUGGAUUUGCAUGCCUCUCAGAUACAGGGCUUCUUUGAUAUUCCUGUGGACAACCUGUACGCCGAGCCCGCCGUGCUGAAGUGGAUCAAGGAGAACAUCAGCGAGUGGAAGAACUGCACCAUCGUGUCCCCUGACGCAGGUGGAGCCAAGAGGGUCACGUCGAUAGCGGACAGGUUGAACGUAGACUUUGCCCUGAUCCACAAGGAGAGGAAAAAGGCCAACGAGGUGGACCGCAUGGUGCUGGUCGGAGACGUGAAGGAUCGGGUCGCCAUUCUCGUGGAUGACAUGGCCGACACCUGUGGCACGAUCUGCCAUGCUGCUGACAAAUUGAUUUCCGCUGGUGCCACAAAGGUUUACGCCAUUCUUACACAUGGCAUCUUCUCUGGUCCGGCCAUCUCGCGUAUCAAUAAUGCCUGCUUCGAAGCCGUGGUGGUCACCAACACCAUCCCUCAGGAGGAGAAGAUGAAGCACUGCAACAAGAUACAGGUGAUUGACAUCUCCAUGAUCCUGGCUGAGGCCAUCCGCAGGACCCACAACGGAGAGUCUGUGUCGUACCUGUUCAGCCACGUCCCCUUGUAACCCCACACCCUCCUGUCAGCCGUCUCGCUGUCGCACCAAAUAUAAGAAAAAAGGGAUGAUUUGCCCCGGCCAAACAACCAUUAAAAAAACUCUGCUGCUAACCAUCAAACCACAA